AUAGCCUCGCCAGGUCACGUGUUUAUGUCAUCUCUCCUCCCAUUGGUUACAAUCCUCCAACGAUGUUAUGUAAUGCUUGCUCUCUACCAACUUCCGGUCUGAACCCCAGACAUGCUGGCUGUCACGGAUGACGUCAUCCGAACGCUCAGCGCAAGAUCCUUCGCACUUUGUCUGACGAUGGCCGUUGUUUGCAGCUUCGUCCUUUCUGUGCCUGUCAACAAAACGGAAACCCUUUUCGGGAAAUCCCAACAGGAAAAUCCGAUCCCCAUGUCUAUUUUUAGCCUGCGGGUUAUUUAUAUCUGUGACGAGAGUUCAUCGGAGUAUUGCGCGGCCAACAAAACCGGCCCGAACGUCACGCAUUAUUUCCAGGCGUCACAUGGGCUCGAUCCCGAGCUCUGCGAGGCGUGCGGCACCAACGUCACAUGCGGCGACUCUGGAACCGGCCCUGCCAACGAGACCAGGUCUCAGGUCUUCCGGUGCGGGGAUCACGUGAUCCUGAGCAAACGACUGGGCCAGAACACGUCUCUGGUGCUGAACGUGACGUACCACAUCGUCAGCGGCAACUUCCGGCAGCGGCUCGUGGACAUUGACGACAUCGCCACGUCACAGUCUGCUGACGUCAUCGUCGCUCUGGGAGACGCCCUAACCGUGCAGACGUCGGCCUUGGUCGCUGAAGGUCAAGGUCUACCGGCCCUUGGAUACAUUAUGGAGUACGGAGAAGACCCUAAGAUUGUCCAGGGCGGGACGUUCGUCCAGCUGAACCCCACCCCUGAGGCUCAGGGGAAGGCGCUGACCAAGAUCAUUGGACAGUUCAACAUCAAGCAGACGGUGAUGAUCGUAGAGAACAAUCGGAUGGCAGACGGCUUCCUACACGGCGUGAGGAACGCCAUCAACUUCAGGACACAGGACAUCUUCUACGUGCUGGCACUAGACUCUAACAUAGGGAGAGAGCUACUCCUGCAGAAACUGACCAACUUGUCCGACACUGGCUGGAAGAUUAUCGCCCUUCACUGCACGCCCCGUCUGAUGGUUCGUGUGGUCACCGCGGCCUUGUCUACACACCUGUACAACACGGGGCAUGCCUGGUUUCUUAGUGAGCUGGCUUUCAGCCGUGACCAAGACAUCAUCCAACAACUGCCCGAGGGUCUCCUGGCUAUCGACAGCUUCUGGCUGGGCGGCAUCCCCAAGCUGAUGGUCAAGGCGCUCGACUACGUCAUCACGGCCACUUCCUGUUAUCUCCGUGACGACGACAGGGGCAGCAACUUCUCCGUGCCUUACGAUCUGAAGACCCUGGUCAAGGGAAAUAACUCUAAAGUUUUCUAUACAGAGUUCAGGAACGUGUCGGACUUUCCUGCAGGGUUUAAAAGAUGCCUCAGAAACUACAUCGUUGACAGCGACAAUACUUCAGUAGACGAUACACUCGAUGGGGAUGAUGUGAACAGCAUGUCCGAUAACUCUGCUCUGGACAGCGAUUAUUUCAAGGGAGACACACACGAGCAAUCUGUAGAAGGGGCAGACUACUUCCAGGGCCCCGCCUUCUACCUGCUCAACACCGUCAACAAUGGCGGUAGGACCAGGAUAUGGGCCAAGGUUGGUUACAUCACGGUCAGCGGUCGGCGGGACUUAAGGACCGUACUCUGGCCAGGUCACAAUAUUUAUGGUCCAUCAUCCAACACGGUCAAGACAUACCGUGUAGUCACGAGACAGGCCGAGCCGUUUGUCAGCAUCUCAAACCGUGUUGCAAGGAAAGAGGAUUGUUUCGUGGAUGUUCCGUGUCUACAGCUAAAGAACAUGUCCCAGGUCAUGCUGACCUACGCCGUGGAUGACUUCCAGACAAACGAGAUGCGUCUGGUCAACGACCAGUACACCAUCCACUGCUGCAAGGGGCUGACCCUGGACAUACUGACUGCCCUGGCGCGGGACUUGAACUUCAGGUACAUCAUUUACUUUGUCAACGACACGGACUACGGCACCAACGUGAGCAAGAAUAACGUCAACUGGACGGGCAUGGUGGGUGACGUCAUGCACGGCACGGCAGAUAUCAUUGCCGGAGCCUUCAGCGCCACGUCCGAGCGCUCGUCCGUCAUCGACUUCACGGAGCCGUUCUUCCAGAACCAGUUCCUGAUGGUCACAGCAGAGGAGGGCCACUACGUGUCCAUCUGGGCCUUCAUGAGUCCUUUCUCUGGUCAGGUCUGGCUGUGCAUCUUCCUGAGCUCUAUCGUGGCCGGCAUAGCCACCGCCUUCCUGGAGUGGCACAGUCCCUUCGGCCUCAACCCCAAGGGUAGGAAGCGGACCAAGAACUACGGCCUGGGGUCGGGGCUGCUGAUGGUCAUGGUGCUCUUGACCGGCCACACCAUUAACAUCAAGGCGCCGAAAAGUUGGCCAGGGAAGGUCAUCCAAAACGUGUGGGCCGGUUUGGCCAUCUUCAUCAUGACCAGCUACACGGCCAACCUGGCAGCUUAUCUCGCUGGCCAAUCAGCGGUCAGCGCCGUGAAAAGCUUCAACGACCCGGAUUUGUUGACCAAGAGAGUGGCUGUCAUGAAAUCCAGCUCGGUGGAGAUGUAUCUGAGCAGGAUUAACCCAAAGCUAGGCAUGAGGGCCAAGCUCUACUACGUGGAUUCAACCAUUUCAGCUAUACACAAGCUAAGGGACCGCAGCAUCGACGUGUACCUGGACGACGCCCCCCUGCUGGAGUUCGCCCUGGUCAGGUACGACAAGGACUGCAAGAUCAAGCUGGCGGGGAAAGGUUCGAGCACCGAGCGGUACGCGUUUGGUCUGCCACGUCACUCGUGGCUGAAGAUCCCCAUGUCCAACCAGAUUAUCCGGUAUACAGAGAGCGGUUUUAUCCAGGAGCUGGGCAAGAAAUAUCUGACCCGACCCCAGUGUGAGCACUUCCUCAGCGCCUCGGCCAACCCAUACGGCCUGGAACACACAGGUGGGCUGUUCAUCAUAAUGCUGUCGGCUGUCUUCCUGUCUGUGCUGUUUCUGGUGCUGGAGCACCUGGCCUACCACUUCCUCGUGCCCUGGCUCAGGAAACAGCCGCCUGAAUCUUUCUGGAAAACAGAGAACCUUGCCUUCAUCAGUCAGCGAGUGUUUAGGGUUGUCCGGAGCGAGAUGUUGUACAGCCAGAAGCAAGCGGCCCAGGAGAUGAUCAAGAUCGUCAAACAGAGGGACUUCACCAGGCUCAUACAGAAGAACGAGCUACAGAAACGGCGCGCCAACACUCAGAAACGUAUCAAAACAAAAGCGGAAGUCUUUCAAGAAAUCACGGCCAAUAUUGUCAGUUACCACAGACAACUGCAGUCGGCCUCUGAAACGGCGGAAAAUUCAGAAGCAGAAAUCGAUUUCGAGAACUUACGCGAAACCUGCAACGAAAUAAAGGACGAAUACGACUUCGAUACCUUGGGCGUCAACAACGCCGCCUACACUGGCGACAACUCCGGGGUGACGCUGGGUCAACUCUACCCCCGGCAGACGGCCAGCUCGAGUGACGAGGACGAGGACGUGUUCUCCAAAACGAGGCUCGGCAACUCCUUACACGUUGAACCCAGCGGCAACGCAGGACGGAAGUUGUCGUCGCGGUCGCUAUGCAACCCUCCACAUAGUCCUGAAGCCCGCUCCAGGAAAAUUUCCGAUUCGUUUUUUCUGUACUACCCUCGUCGGCAUAGACACUACGUAGAUAGUGGGAUGUUGAGCGGCGUUUCGCAUAUUUCAAACAAAUCGCAACUCAAAGAGAGCGACAUGAACUGCCAGGUUGUGUCUUGUGCUGAAGAGGAUCGAAUCCAACGCGGGCCGGGGGACACAGGAGACACGCCUGAAACGUUUGUCAUCCCCCCACCCAGCAAGGGGAGCGUCUACUACAACUCCCCCACCUCCUCUUCCCUCCAGUCCCCCAUCGAGGAGAAGCGGGAGUUCUCCCCCCUUCCGUCCCCCACCUCCCCCAGCACGGAAGAUUUCCCAGAAUGCACUGACUCCGUGUGUAGCUCCUCCACGCCCUCCCUCGUCGGCAGCAAAAACUUGGUCCCGCGGGUGUCCGUCCAUGUCCACAGCGACGACACGCACCCCCCGGGUGAGCCCGACCCUCCUCACUGUGUCAACUGCCUUACGGGUGAUCCUGGAGAUACCAGACCCCCCUCGGGCGAGCUGGGGACGAAACUCAUUCCUAAAACGAAAAACCAACAAAGGACGAAAAUUCCCCGCUCAGCCUCGUCUGACUCCGUGCCUCGCCAAGCACAUUCCCCCACCCCCCGGCCCCAGGGUGGCAGCUACACCGACGCGGACAUCUGCUACCGCCCCCACGAGGGCGCCAGACGAGGCCACAAUGGGGCGCCAGGCGACAAGCACCAGGGCAAAGUUCACGACAACAUGGCUGAUGGCGUGUCACGUGACCUGCCCAACAACACGAAACAGCGCGCGAGUUUUGAUAAACCCAAGAGUGAUUAUUUCCAACGAAACCUCAAGCUGAAGGACAACCGUGUCAAGUCCACCCUACGCCGCCACGCCAUGUCCGGCUACCAGAGCCACCUGCCGGCAGAUUUUAUCGACGAGUGCACGCUGGAGGCGCUGUCUAAAGAGGACGUACUCACCCUCUGGAGGAAGUCUGAGAUUGACCUUGAGAGUCGACUGAUGGAGGUCAUGGCAAAAAACAGACGCCUGAGUUUGGCCAUCGAUUUCCUGACCCGACAGAGCAUGGGGGGUGAACCAGAGGAGGUCUGACGUCAUGAUCUUGUGAUCUUCGGGAUAUGAUCUUUUUGGGAUAUGGCGUCACGGUACCAUCCACACCAGCGUACAACUGCCAGGAUAAAUUUGUCAUGACACCAUCAACACCAUUUUACUGUCCGGUGUCUGGAUAUACCCGCCUGGAUAAAUACAUCGAGACACCCUUAUCACCAAUAAAACACCCUUAUCACCAAAUGAGACACCCCUUCAAUCAUCAAGAUACUCACCAUACCACCCUGGACACCAUUAUGUCUAUGUCAUUAUGUGAUCCCUUAUGACGCGAUCAGCACCAAAGCCUAAUUGCCACCAAUUAUGUCGUUAUGUGAUCUGCUAUGCCACAAAACAUCAACCAUGUCUACAUCUACUUCAUCGUUUGAUCGUCGGGAAAAUACUCUUCUGCCACGACACAAAAUUAUGUAUUUUGUUACGGAACAUACGAAACCUCUUUAGCAUGUAUCAAAGUCCCACAACUCAAUUCCGUCCAUUUAAACGCCUACAAGUAUGGGUUAUCUACCCGUAGUUGCACACAAGUAACGCGGAUAUACUGGGAUGAAUGUAUGUAAUCACCAACAGUUUAAAAAAAACAAGAAUGGGAUUAAAUAGCAGAAACAUAGACAAUAAAACUGAAGUAUGUCGUAAAAUUGCCCAAUAACUAAUUAUUACUAAUGGUUCUUUCCCUCUACAAAAGACUAAUUCAAUUUGAGCUCCGUUGUGUGGUUUUAUGUUUAUCCCUAAAUUAAAUUAUUUAACACGCACAUCAUACUAUCAUGUUUUAUCAUUACUUGUAUAACUCUUGUUUAAAGCAGAUUUUUUUUUACUCUUUUGUACCUAAAGAAUAGAUAUGUAUAUUUACUUUGUUGUUAUGGUUUUGUUUGUUGUGAGUGAUCUAUGACCUGGGUGGACAAUGUAUCCAUACGCGGCACUUUUUCUUUUUUAUUCCUAGCAUGGCAGUAUUGUUUACAGUGUUGAAGACCGUCCAUAGUUAGUUAGGAUCAGAGUGUAUGGUCACUUGGUAAGAUACUUUUGGUCUGUGUGGUUAUGG